GCCCGAGAUGAGCACUUAACCCCACCCCAACAUGGUCAGUACAUCACAUGAAAAAAAGGGAAGAGGAGAUGGAAAAACAGUUGGAGACCGAAGGAGAGGAAGAAGAAGAAGAAGAAGGUUUGCUCGAUAGAAGGGGAAAGGGAGCAGUGGUAGAAACCGUGGGAAAGGAGGGCGGUGGAGAAAGCAGCCAGGCCAGCCAACUGCAGUUCCACCAGGAGGAUACCAGGAAGUGGAUGGAACAAUUUGGCUUUAGAACUGAAAUGCCGACAAAUGAGGCCAAGCAGGAAAGGGAGGAGUUCGCAGCAAAGCUGGAGGCAAUCGAUCAUAAGGAGAGAGGGCUGCUAAUUUCUAGAAAGGAUCAGCGGUUCCUAACCCAGAAAAGAAAGGACUUUGAGGAGAAGAAGAGGCUGAAGGAGGAAGGAGAGGCGCUACAACAAAGGUUGAGGGAGCAGAGAGGUAAGGAAGGCGACUCGAAGGAGACCUUGACCCUCAUGACCGAUGCACUGCUGCACACCACCCAGGAACUUACCUCCCUUCAUUGUAUCGUAGGGAAGAUCAAGCACCACCAAGAAGAGUUCCAAGGAAGAUGGAACAAUUUCAUCUCCGCGUCCGCCCACAAAAUUGACGACAAAACCUCCAAUUAUACAGCCCAAUCAGAGGAUAUCUUCACCAAGAAGAUCAUAAGCACCAUCACAACAACUAAAAAGUUAGAGGUGGUGGAGGAGACCUGGGAGAUGGAGAUGAUAGAAAAUGAAGGAGAAGGAGACGGGAAGAGGGAUGCAAAGCAAUCUGAAGAAGGGGAGAGAAGAAAAAAGAUGAAGUUGGAGGGGGGGAACAAGGUGGAGAAAGUCUUGCACUCCCUAACCCUCUUAGUGGAAGAUAACCUACCCUUUGACUUCAUCCUAGGGACUAAUUGGGGAAACGCCGCUUGCGCAGAUGUGAAGAUGGGCGAGCACAAGUGCUGGCUGCCCAGCCCCGAAGGUGGCAAGGAAAAGAUGCGGCUGUUCCAUGAGUCAGGAGCAGAGUCCAGUCCGUCUCUUUGUUGCAUGAGUGCCCCCGUGUUCACUAGGCACAUGGUCAAGAAAGGUAUGGUUGACCAGGUAUUCGUUGCCUACGUUAGACCGCUGAGUGAGGAUCGGAAAGAGGAGGAGAGGACACCGCCCCAAGUAGAGGACUUGUUGAGAGAGUUUGCUGAUGUGGGAGAGGUCCCGACCGGAGUAGUGGACAAGGUAAUUAAGCACCCGAUUGAGAUAGAACCUGGUAGCAAAACUCCCAAGGGCCCCAUUUACCAAAUGUCUCCCAUGAAAUUGGACGAGCUGUGCAAGCAACUAGACGAGUUGAUUGAGAAGGGGUGGAUAAGGCCUGCCUCCUCGCCAUACGACGCACCGGUCUUAUUCGUGCCAAAGAAGGAAGGCGAACUGCAUAUGUGCAUUGACUAUAGGGGACUGAAUGCAGUGAUCGUGAAGAAUGUCGAGCCGCUACCGCGGAUAGAUCCUUUGCUGGACAAGAUGCAAGUGUGUCAGUACUUCUCAAAGAUUGACUUGAAGUCGGGGUACCAUUAAAUAGAGGUACAACCUGAAGACCAGCACAAGACAACUUUUAGGACCAGAUACAGCCACAACGAGUCCGUGAUCAUGCCGUUUGGGUUCACUAACGCCCUUGCCACAUUU